UUUCAGGCUGUCGUUCGGAAAAACAACCUGCGUCCAUUACCUUGCUUGCGGGAAGUGCUUUGGAUGUCCUCCAUAGGUAGCAGGAUGACCCGCUUAAAAUCUUUGUGUAUCUAUAGUGUAAUUUGAUACAGAUACGUAUAUUUUUAAUGCAUUUCCGUGUAUACUCUGAAAAAUCUGACAGGAGAAAUUUGGGUAAAGUGCUGUGAAUUUUACUAAUGGAUUAUCUUGUUUGUUUGCUGGAUGAUCCGUGAUAACUAUUCGUUUGUAUUAGAGCUUGGGGGGAGAGCACCCAAGGAGGUGAGAUUUUUAAAAUAUCUGAUUAAAACACAUUUUCUGUAUAGAGCUCAUUCAUAUUUGCAGUGUGCUCUUAAUUACCUAGUGAUUUCAAGUCUCAAGGUAGGCAGGGUCAGGCCUGGAACACAGAUGGAAGCUCGGUGAGGAAAACCUAACAUUUGAGGAAGAAGAACACAGUUCACUGGUUGUUCUGGCCUUCAAACGAAAUAUAAACCUGUUGUGACUAGUUUGGGUCAUUGCAUUUCCAUCCCUUUCUUUUGCCCUCAAGCACUGGACGAAAACGACACUUUUGAUAGAUUCCAAUGUUGUUAAUUAGUGGCAAUAUUUUGAGUUUCACCUGCAAUUUAAGUUAGAGACAUGAAUUUUAUUUUUAUCAAUCUUUGAAUAUUUCUGGUAAUAAUUCUGUUAGCACUGGUCAGUGAACUUCAUUUUCACCCCAUAAGUGACCACAGUUCAGUAACAAGCUCUUUUUCUUUGGGUUUGGUUAGUGUAACCUUUUUAACGUUUGGGAUAAGUCUUCCACCUUAACUUUUUCUCUGCAUUUUCUUAUACCUGAAAAAACGUUUAAUGGACGAAAAAUGCUCACAUAUGCCAACUUAAACCUUUUUUUUUUUUCCUUUUACUGGACUUCUUUGCAACUGAUUGGAGCUUGGGUGUCUGUUUAGAUGUGUGCAAGCAAAAUAAUGCAUGUGUGAACAUAUGUGCAUUUCCUAACUUGUGGAUUUUUUUUCUUAAGAUAUUCUUCCAGCAAAUCACAUCACAUGCCUUAUAGUCUUUAAAAGAAGAAUGAUGUACAACAUUUCACAGUAAAGAUGAGGAGCUGAGAGAUAGUUCUGUUAUCUUAAAGCUGUAGAGGUUUGUGUGAGAGAACAAAUACUUAGGGCACUGCUUUAUUUUAAGGCAAGUUGUGAACUGAAUCAUGCCAGGAGAAGAUAUUUAAGAAACAGUGCUUUCUUACUGCAUGUGUCUUGGAGCCUAGGCACCUGGAAGAGUGGGAGAAGUUUUCCAGUCUUUGUUUCUUAGAAUUUACUCUGCAACUGUCCUCAUGUGCCCACACAAAUCAAUCCACUUUACGGGAUGAGCUAUACACAGUAAACUACUUUGAUUUCAGCACAGAUUCCUACCUGCUGAAUUAUAUCCCAGGCAUAUGUCCUGGAAGGGUUGCUUAGCUUCGACAUGGGAAUUCUGUGGGCUUGUGAGAGUCCUUUCUCAUAUUCUGCAGAAGAGCCAGAGGGUUGCAAGAAGGUGAAUAAUAUACCUAAAGAAAAAAGAGGUGAAUAUAAAUACAUGGUGGUGUUUUGACGCAACUUCUCGGUAUUCUAGCUUUUCCUGACAUCUCAGAGAGCUUUCUUGUUCACCUAAUUGCAAAUGGGCUUUAAUACAUUGAAGAAAGUAGGCUAAGCAUGUAAGAGCUUGAGAAGAGUCUUCCAAAAUGCUUUUCUUCUGUGUAUUAAACUGCCCACACCAGUUCUUGAGUUCCUUUAUGCAUCCUAGAUCAUAAUCCUGGCUUCUUCACAGAAAGGACACAAGUUCAGUGUGUAUGUUUUGGAAACAAAUACUGGAAAUGUGAUUAGUGGAAGGAAAGACCAAUAUAUUCUUCUCAGAGUAGGACUUAUGUUUCCGUUCUUUAAUGUUUAGUAUCUGAACUUAUGACUGGGGAUCUCAGAUGCUACCACAGUAAAAAUAAUAGAAGUAAACGAUAGUGUGGUAUAAAAGUGAUACUUAAAUUUUCUCCAUCCAUGAAAGAUGAGCUUUAAUUCUAGUACAUAAUUUGUUAACAUAUUAGAAGUCGUAUUCAUAAAUGUUUUAGAUAUUUACUGACAUCACCUGAUCUCAGCCAGUCUGUGGAGCUAGAUAUUUAGCACCUGGAAUCCAGAAGUCAUAGUAACGUUGUUUAACUUUUUGAAUGUAGUCUCCAAAGUUCCGAAAAUCAAGUUUUUCUAAAUAAAGGGAUUUUCUAAACACAAACAUGUAGUGAUUUUUUGUCUUAGAUGCUCUCACCUUUUCAAAACUAGAAUUAGGAUUUACAUGCAUCAAUAGAAGGUAGAAUCAGUCCUUUCUAAUCACAUGGAGUGAUCCUGAUUUUUCAGGCCUUGCAACUUGCUGGUGGGACUGCAUUUCAUCUCAUUCCUACGUGGACUUGAGGCUAAGAUAGAGAACCAAUAUUUAGUCCCAAGAAUUUCAUUUCAGCAGCUGUCCAAAGAAGCUUAAUAGUUUGGAAUGGUGCAAUAAGUAUGAAUUUUGGCUUCUUGGAGAAACAGUAGAAAAUGCAAAACGAAAUAAUAAAGCCAGCUAAAUACUUCUCAGAAGUGGAGAAGAGUGUGCUGCUUGCAUUAGUUGAAAAAUACAAAUACGUGCUUGAAUGUAAAAAAAGUGAUGCAAGAACUAUUGCUCUGAAGCAACGCACCUGGCAAGCACUAGCUCAUGAAUAUAAUUCCCAGCCCAGUGUAUCACUGCGAGACUUCAAACAGUUAAAGAAAUGCUGGGAAAAUAUCAAGGCACGGACAAAAAAGAUAAUGGCACAUGAAAGGCGGGAGAAGGUAAAAAGGAGUAUUAGUCCACUUAUAAAUACUCACAUCGUAAGCAAAGAGAAGAUUGCCAGCAUAAUGCCUGAGCAAAUGUACUUUUUGCAGAGCCCACCAGAAGAAGACUCUGAAUAUCAGCCUGAUGCUUCUAGUCAAGAGUCAUUUGUUGUGUCAAACAGAGAACUUUGUGAUGAAGACAAAGAGCUGGUACAUUUUCCAGUAUGCGAAGGCACCUCCCAGCCUGAGCCUUCGUGUUCUGAUGUCAGAAUAGCAGCAGAUAAGAACUACAGAAGUAAAGCAUCUCAGGAAAGUGCUCUGAAAAAGAUGCAUGAGGAAGAACAUCAUCAGCAAAUGUCGAUUUUGCAACUCCAGUUAAUCCAAAUGAAUGAAGUUCAUGUGGCAAAGAUACAGCAAAUAGAAAGAGAGUGUGAGAUGGCUGAAGAAGAGCACAGGAUAAAAAUGGAAGUGCUAAAUAAAAAGAAAAUGUAUUGGGAGAGAAAACUGCAGACCAUUACAAAAGAAUGGCCUGUAUCAUCCUAUAACAGACCCUUUCCUAAUUCACCUUAGAACACAGAAGGGCAGAGAGUCAGUCUGAUUUAGCACAUUUAUGAGUAACACACACUGGAAGGAGGGUUUUCUACUGUGAAUGUACAGUGGCAGGAUAGGUGCCUGGCUGGUCGUGAACACCCUAUGACUCUUAGUGUUUAGGGAAACGGUGGUAUAGUUCACCAAGAGGAAAACUCUGUUGUUCAUUUGUAGGUAGUUCUGAUUUGUUUAACUCACAGACAUGCACAGUGUUCUAAAAUAUGAACGUAUUUUCCCCUCUCAGAACACCCUUGAUCCUUGUGAAAUUUAAGGUACUCUGGGUAUUCUUACAUUGGGUGUUCUUAAGAAAACUUAACAGCUUUAAACAUCAGGCUGUAAUGUUUGUUUUGAUUUUUAUCUCUUCCUAUCUACCAUUUCCCAAAUGAAGGCAAGGGUUGGAGUUGCUCUUUGCUAUUGAGACAAAAGGUGAUUGACAGCUAUUAGUUGAAUCAUUAUGCUAAGGCUUAGGGAAAAACUAGUUAAUACAGUCCAUAACUUAUUCUUCGUAGAAGCUGUGAAAAUGAAGGAUGUAGCAAGAGGGCCACUGUAGUAAGAGCCCUCUCCUUCUGCAGAACAGUAACAUUUCCCAGCUGGUUGGCUGACUGAGAGAAUGGUUGUAGAAUGGCCCUCCAGUUGUUUGAGCCUUGACACUUGAGAAGUUAAAAAGAAGGUGACUUCUUCCUCAAAAGCCACCGUGCUUGUUCUUUCAUUUCCUGGCCCAUCUUGUAAUGAAGUAGAAUACCCAAACCAGAGGGUCAAAUGCCAGCACUGUGCGCUGUUCACAUGAAGUCAUUCUGAGGGGAAGAGCUUUUUAAGAAUUCAUAAAGCUCUCAAAAUGCAGGGAGCCAGCCAGUCCAUUGGCAAAGUCUCCCUGUAUUUUCCUAUGCAAUACUUGACGGUGUAGCAGCUAGCUUGAUUAUUUCUCCUUAGCUAGAAGAAAAGACUAAGACUCACCCUCUUUUCCUUCUCGUAGGGUGGGCAGCAGUUCAAGGGAAUCACUCCUGUCUUGAAGCACUGUUCUGUUCUGUUUUGUUCUGUCCUGUGUGUUAUGGUGGUGUGUUUCUUGCCUUUGCUGUCAGUGAGGGGUGAUGGACAUGAUUUUUAUGAAGGCAUUCACGUGAAGGUCCCCACAGAUUUUGGACGUUCAGAAUAGUAGAUAGUAGGAAAGCACAAAUAAAGAUAAUCUUUACCCUGGCAAUCAUUUAUUCUAGUGGGGCAAGAUUUAAGAAAAUGUGAAAUGCAGAACCCAGCAAGGAUUCGUAAGAACUUCUGGCGUGUGAAAAACUAUUUUACAGGAGGGUGUACAACCAUCAUUUGAAGCAGUGAGAAAAAUGAACAAAACCAUAAAUUUUCAUUGAAGAAUCUGAGCAUCACAUUAUUCAAUAAAGUAUUUUCAGAUCAUGACGCGUGAGCGCGAGUCCAUACUGUGAGCAGUGUGUUCAAAGCAGAGUAUGUUACAAGGCAUACAUUUCCAGUUACACUCCUAUCUCUCCCUGGAUGUCCUUUCUGAUGAAGUGAGUUCCUUUUGGUUUUGUUUUGGACUGAGUAGGAUUUUGUGUGUCUGUAUGUGGGUUUUUUUGACCUCCUUUCACUGCUGGUGAUUCAUCUUUGCAAACCCUGCCAUUAUCAACCACAGGACUCACUGUGGUUAACAGUGUGGUACCUGCACUACUUCUUUAAAUGUGCUAAAACCAGCAAUCACAAUGGGAGCUAUUUAUUACAACUCAUUUUACACAACACAGAAAAAAACCAAAAAAAACAAAACAAAAAAAAAACAACCUGGGCUGCUGCAAGAUAAAAAAAAUAGGGCCUGGGGGAAAUCUGAAGAUAUUUUUGACCACAAACUCAAUAUUCUUAUAAAUUGGCUGUGCAAAGAAAGUGCAGGAAUUUCAAAGAAGAAUGUUGUUACGGGCACUUUUCUGCUGAAUGAAAACUCUUUUGGAACAUAUAAUAACAGUAGAGGCAAAAGAAAAGUAAACAGAAGUGAGGACCUUGUUCUGCAUUCUGUGGUCUGGAAGAUGAGUCAGUUACUUGACUGGUUGUGACAAUUGUUCAGGCACCAUCCAGAAAAAAAGGACAGGGAAGACAUUUGUCUUAACCCAUUAAGACAUUUGUCUUAAACUUCUGCACUUGUUCUAAGUGAAAGUAAAUGGAACCCAGGUGUUAGAAGGUAAUGAAUGGAGACAAUUUCAGCACUGUGAAGAGGGCAAGAAUAGAGACAAUCCAGGUCUAGACAGUCCUGUGAAAAUUAUGAAAUAGAGAGGAUCUCACAAAAUGUGAGAUAAGACUAGCUUGAACUGGAAGUUAUACAAUUGCUUGUGAAAAGUUGGGGAUUUUUUAAUAUUUAAAAAUCUUUUAAAAUAAGCAUGUUUUCAAAUGGUACUAAGUGGACAAUGCUGUGUUUCUUGGUAUAUUUUCUUAUUCUGAGACCAAAAGUUACAGUUCUUAGGCUGAACAAUAGACCUUUUCAUUUCAGGUUCUAUUUAAAAGAAAGUGGAUCAUAAGAGAAAGAUUAGAAAGCGCCAAGAUGAAGAUAUGAAAGAAAGAAUGAUCAUUACAUGCAUAGGGGAACAAUGGGAAUGUUACACCUGACAUAAAUUAUACAAGAUGGUUUUGUAGUAUAGGCAAUAGAUGGUUCACAGGUGACACAGUCUCUUGCCUUCCCAUUUGUAGUUGACUGUUGGUUGCUGUAAAAUUGCGUGAUAAACACAGAAAAAUGUAAAAGAUCAACAGGAGGAAGUAUCUCCUUGCCAGGCUUUGGCUUUGUAAAUUGAUCAAUGUGAUGGAAUUGAAAUUACUUGAGAAAUUAUUUUUGCCUUUGUUGUUUCAAUUACUCCCUCUGGUAGUAGGCUUUAUCUUUUCUUGUGUUUGACUUUUCUUAUAUGUAAUAUAGCCAUCUCAGAUAAUAUAUCCAUUUGUUUCUCUCCCCUAUUUUCUACUUUACAUCAUUCAAAUACUUUCACAUAAUUGUGUUUUCCUGUUAACCAUUUGUCCAAGGCAUAUAUGCGUAUUCUCCAGGUUUUUCCAUGGAUAGAAUACAACAGUAUUUUAAGAAGAACAUUCCUGUUCUUUUCUGGAUUUGCUAUAAAACCUUUUUGUCAAGAAUGAACUUAAAAGAUGCACAGGGAAGAAUGAUCUUUUCUUAAUUCCAUACAAAAAUGUGUACCAGAUAUGUAGUGGCCAUUGUUCUCAGCCUCUGUAUUCUCAUGAAGAGAAACAAUGACCUAGACAAGGUGUGGUGAAUUCCCUUAUGCUCCCCAAAUUAACAUGAGCCUCGAUCCAGGUGCUGUCUUUCCUUGGAGGUAAUCUAAUUUGCUGCCUAGCAUGAAUUUUUUCAUGUAUUGAUUUUUUUUCUCCUGCAUUUUUACCUCAUAUCUCUGUCCACCCAUAGUUCUUUAACCAGCAGUAUGAGCAGGGGGUUCAUUCAGAGACAUGAGUUUUGCUCUUUCCUUCCUCUUGCCAAGACUGCCCAUAUCACUGCACUUGCACAUGAAAUGUGCGCUCCUCUACUGUCACCUUUCCUUUCCACAGAAAGCAUGGACCUUUUCCACACAGCUGCCAGUACAUUCUGGAUUCUGUAGGCAGGUUUUUGAAGAGAGGUUAGUAUUGAGAAAGGCCUGUAUGGAGAAGAGCACUUCCUCCAUUCCAGCUCCAUGCAAUGUGGGAGGACAGUCUGUGACCACAAAGUCAUUCAUCUGGACCAGAGUUAAUGCAGGGUGCUGAAGCUGUGUAAGUGACUUUGAUUCUUCCCAAAUCCUUGGGAUUCUGCAAAAGUUAGGUUUGAGUUAGGUUUCCUGGUAAAAAAAAGUUCCUUCUUUCUCAGUAGCUGAGGACUCUCAGUGGACUGCUUUCACAGCUUCCUCAAAUGAAAAUUCUUACUUGGACAAACGAUCUAUCCUGACAUCUAUUCUACUUCUUUCAAUACCCAGGCUGCUUUAUCACCAGAGCAAGGGAGCUUUCUGCUUGCCACAAAUCCUCUCUGAAGCUCCUUCCUACACUGCAGAGAUGUGUUUAGGCAAGGCUGAAAACACAGCCCUCCCCAGCCACUGCUCAGAGAAGUGAUCCUUACAGGGCAGGUGCACCUCGUGUGCCUGAGCUCAGCACUCAGAUUUUGGGCUCAGCACUGACACUCUGAACUGUUGCUGCUCGGGGUCACAAUACUCCCACUGCAGCCCUGUGAUCAGAGAAAGAGGGAUGGCUCAGGGCUGUCUUUUUCUGAACAUAUAGUGCAACUGAGGGUGUUGUGCUGAAUUUUGUUGAAUGAGCAUUCAUCUCGUUAUGUCUCCAAUACCCAUUUUAGCACUCUCCCAAGGAUUUGUAUGACAGCAUAGGGUUUUUUAAAUGAUUUUUUGCAGAUAUAUUUUUUUCUGGUUGUAGUUAGAGUGGCUUUUAUGUGACCUAUUACUUCUUCCCCACUUGCAUUAUAAUGUUUCAGUUUUGUUCUGAAUCUCUGUGGUUACAGUCUGUACAUCCAUACAUUCAUGUAGUUUCAUGUUUUCAGGUAUUUUUCUCGUUAUGACAUUGAAAUAAUAAACUGCUCCACAUUUGUAUUCCUCUACUCUGUGGGUAGAGGAAUUACAUGUGCAUCUUAAAAUAACAUCUAUUUGAUUUUUUCAAGACAAAUCCCUCACAAGUAGUCCUGUGAUUUCAUAUUUUGAGC